AUGAGCGCCAUCAUCUCGACUAGCAUAUUGACUGCAGACACGCUCCAAAAUAGCCCUGUAGACAUUUGGAAUCAUGCCAAGAUCACGAGACUUCGGCAAUUGGAACAAGCAGACUUGGGCCAUGAUUUACAAGACAGAUGGGUCCAUAUUCGCGAGGACACAACUGCAUAUACGUCUUUGACCGGUCUAAGCGUAGUAGGCCUGCAAGCUGACAGUGUCGCAAACUUUUCGGUUGUUUACGAAUACAUGUAUGCAGACUGCAAAGCCCAAAUACGAGGCAGUGGCGAUGAGGUCAAAGCAUACCUAGACCGUCAAAUCCCUCGCUCAGGAUUGAAUGGCUCGCUAAUAUUGCCAUCCGGCUGGCCUUACAAGCUUUCCGAGCUCUCUAUCCAGCUCAAUAGAGACACUGACACGAUCGACCGACUUUUCAACGUGUCCUAUCUCAAUCCCAUUUUCGGACAAUUGUACUACCAGAGUAGCUUCUUCCUCGUCAGCCCUCAAAAUCUAUCCACCACCUGGGCAACUACUGGGUACUUGUUCUAUGGUACUAGAGAUGGGUACAAUGAACGAACCAUGUUUUUGUACAAGUGCGCACUCCAUGACAUGGAGAUUGAAGCCAACACUAUUUGCAGUUCGGCUGCAUGUCGGACCAGUCGGCUACGACGGCCCCUCAAUCCAAAGCUCAAGCAAGUUUAUCCGCCCACAGAUACCCAAGGAUACAAUGUCAAUGGUGAGGGCCGCCCUGGACUAUAA